GUGUGUGUGUUUGUGUGUGAGUGUGAGUGCGCAUAAAGUUGUGAGGAAGUUUUUGGAUCGCCCUGAGUUGAAUUUCUCCCAAUCCCAAAUAAAAAAAAACACGGGAUCUGCGUCACGGGAAACCAGAGCGAAUUAAACUUUCUGUGCGCAUUUCCCCCCAAACCCUUUCCCGGGGAUCAGGAGAGGAUGGCGGUGCGCGGUGUGGGUCGAUGCCCAAUGGUCUUCCUGUUGGCUUUGGCUCUGGAUGUGGUUGGUUUAACGGUACUUUUCAUUGGUGUUUUUGCCGACGUGCGGAUGGCCGGCAGAGCCCUGGGGGAUUGCUUGAUUUACAGCGGGGCCAUCGGGAUCUUCCUGAGUCUGGUCGCUUGGCUGUUCUGGUUCACGGGUAACAUCCAGGUGUCCUUGGAGCAGUUGGAGAAAGACGCUUUGGCCACUCGCACCAAGUUGGCCAGAAGGUUUUCAGACGGAGGCCAUCAGCUGCCGCCGGCUAAGGUGGUGGGGUUGGGAUUGGGGGAAUUGUCCACAACCAUAAACUGGGAAUUGUCCAAACAACUGCUCCAGAUCCCCCGGGACGCAGAGAAACAGCCAAGAUUCGUGGAGCUGAGGAGCGUCAAGGGCUUAGAUCACCUGCGCUCUGUCCUGCAGCAGAAUGGAGACAGAGCCUUGUGAACAGAUCUUGGAUGCAGAAGAAUUGCAUCGAAAUCCAAUGCUCCGAUUCCUGUUGUUCCUUCCAUUGCACCGCCACACACAACUGGCUUUUUAGUCUGAAUUAGUGAUGGAGCUGUUGGUAUCGAGAAGAUCGUCAGCCAGGACGGCAGAUAUGGUACCAAGUUAGGUGGACAAGACAGUUUGACAUCUUCAGUGUAGCAUCCUCCAGCACUGCACUGAGUGACCAGCCUAGACCAAGAGUUCAAAACCUCCAAAGGUUGAACCCACAACCUUCUUGCCCUGAGCUGUGAGUGCUACCAGACUGUAACAAUACAUCACAUUGCACUUAGAAGGUGUUGAGACGGACCUGUCAAUGUUGAAGGUUACAGAUUCCCUUCUGGAAUUCUUAUUGGUUACUAAUUACAUAAUUAAGGAAGCCUGUAAUUCCAUCCAUCACAUGUGCAUCUGUGCAUGGUUGAUCCAGACCACAAAUUAGCCCCAACCUUCACUCCCCCCCACCCCCCACCCAAAUACUAUGAAUCAU